AUGCCUCAACAGGAUCGUCUUCUUCUAGUUGUUUCAAUUCUCGAAGGUCGACACUUUCCAAAUCAAUCAUCAUGUCAAUUGACCGUCGAUGCUAAAUUCGAUGGCGAGAUUCUCAUCACUGAUCCUGUAGAAUUCUCCUCAACGCCGGAUAUCAAUCAGGAAUUAGCAUGGGAACUUGAUAAGAAAACCUUUCAGCAGCAUAAAUUACAACGAAGUGUGAUCAAAUGCAAUGCUUAUGUAACCGCAACAUCGGGGUCUCGGGAAAACAUUGGUUACUUUAUGAUUGACAUUCGACCGCUGACUACCACUCGAACGAUUCGUUGGUGUCGUUUAUUGCAAACAAAAUUUGGUAAAUUAAAGCCAGAGCUUAGUAUCUGUGCUUACAUUGAAGAUGAUCAAACAUCCAAGAGCGCAUCAACGGCAUCGAAAACGAGUAAAAUAGUAACGAAUACCAGUACGGGAUCAUCACGUUCCAAACAAUUUCAACCAGUUCUUCUUGUUGACAAAGGAUACUAUCAACUAGGUGCUGAUAUUCCUGCCGCAGAAAUCUUUUCCUUGUCGAUUACAACUUUCUCAGCUAAAAAUCUUAUUCACUUGAUUCCAUCGGAUACAAAUCUCAACAAACAAGACGAAUACUUUUUCUUCUACACCCUCUUCGGAAACGGUGUGCUGACACAAAAGUUUCAAGAUUUAGUUCAGCCAGACUUUCCUCCUGAACGCUCGAGCGUUCGCAUACGUUCAACGAUUCAAUCACUUCGAGCAUAUUUCGAGCGAUUCCAUUCCAUUGACUUUCGUCUAUGUUCAGGAGACAACAUCGUGGGUCAAACGCAAAUUCCUCUGCAUAAAGUUAUGAAACCAUUGCAACAAAGUGCCAGCAUGGAGAAAACUUUUGAUAUAUUAACAGAAGUUUUCUAUCUUCGUCUAAGUCCACCACCUGGUAUUGAAAUAAGCCUAGCGAACCUUGACGACGAAGAUUCACAGCCGACAGUUAAAAUUGAAGUUAAAUUAGUGCGUGAAACGUCUACUAAUGAACAAAAUAUCGAUAAUCCCAAGCAGAGUCGGAUGCGAUCGAACAGUAUGAAUAACCACAAUUCAAGUGCUACAACUAUAGAAAACGAAAAUAGAUCCAAUACUCAACCACGCAUACAACAACUAUCUAUAAACAACCAUGCAACAAACGAUGAUCGUCUUCCAUCACCUGUUUUCGAUCAUUCGAAUAACAAUCACCAUCUUACUCAUCAUUAUUGUCUAUCUAUAGAUCUGAAAUCUCUUCGUAAUCUACGUUUAUCCCAUUCUGCGUAUUUAUAUUGCCGCUAUGUGUAUCCAUUUCUGGGCACAUCAACACCGAUCUUGACCCAUCCACCUCUACACAUUCCUUAUACAUCAUCAGCGCCACCGAACGAACAUUUAUUGCCGCAUGGUCUAUGUAUAUUCAAUUUUGCGGUCAAUUCCGAACAGUUACAAACACACUUCCAUCGCGAACCGUUAACAAUCGAAGUUUACUGUCGAGACAACGAACGUAGCGAACGUAAAGAUCAGCUAUUUGGUAUUGUUCGACUUCAAUUAGAUCAUGUCUUACAAAUGGAAAAACAACGUUGUUCAUCAACGACGAAUGGAAUUCUCGGAUGGAGACAAACAUGGACUCAAGCAUUGCCACUGAUCGGAACAAAUACAGAAAAAUGCGGAGAAUUGUUAGCUACAGUAGUAAUAGAGGAUUUUGGUGCAUUGCAACUCAAUUCGACAACUACACCUCGGCCUCAAUCCGUGCCUCCGCAGCAACUUGGUCUUGAUCAUGUUUUUCAACGUCCGAAUGACGAUGCACAAUUGCAAGCAGCAUAUGAAUUACAAUUAUGGAAAGAGAGCAAAGAACUUGAAUUUGAAAAACAUUUACGUGAGGUUGAAGCAAAGAAACUGUACGAGUUGAUGGAAGCGUUCAAAGAAAAAGAUCGCGAACGAGAAUCGUUAUUACAAAAAAAGAUGAAGGAAUACGGAGAAUUGGAAAAGCAAAUGAAAAAAGCUUUAGCAGAUAUCGAAAAGCGUGAAAAACAAAUGAGCAUCAACGAACAAGAACUUCAACGCAUGCAAGUCGAUCUCAAACGCGAAUACGACAGUAAACACAUUGAAAUACGUGAAGCGUCCAAACGCUUACAAGAACAAUCCGAACAUACAAUUACUCUAGAAAAAAGCAAGAAUCAAGCACUCGAUGAUGAGAUCAUUCGUUUAAAACGUUCCGUAGCCGAGUGGGAGAAACGCUAUCGCGACAAAGAACAGGAACUUUUUACUUACAAAGAAAAGCAACGCAGCGCACCUGAAGUUAAACUUCAAGCUGAAAUCAAUAUGCUGAUGCUGGAAAAAAACGAACUGCAACGCAAAUUAGAUGCGUCGUUAGCAUCAGGCGAACGUUAUAAACAACAAUGGGUGAAAGCUUUGAAAGGAUAUCAACGUUUGAAACAACGAGAGGACGAUCUAUCGAAAGUUGCGCUACAAAAACAAAUGCAAGAGGUCGAACACAUGCGAUUACGAUACUUAGCUGCAGAAGAAAAUGAAAUUAUGAAAAAUGACCAUAAACAAUUAGAAGGCAUCAAAAACGAAUUGAAUAAAUUGAAAGAAGUCUCUUCAACACCGACAAUUCUUGGUCACGGUUUGCAAACAAUGUCAACACUCUCCGACGACACUGAACAAUACGAGCAGGUCGAUCAACAACUAGGCGUUUUAAUUGAACAUCGCGAUACUCUAUUGCAAACAGGUACUUAUACACAUAGUGAUGCCUUAAUUCAAGAACUCGAACGACGAANAGUUGAUAGUUUUGAUUUUCGAUCUAGUGCAAUGAAGUUAUUUCGUGUUAAAAAACAGUCUCGGACUAAGUCGGAAAAUGACCUUUCCAAACGAGAUAGCACUGAUCAAGACGAAAAUAAACCUCUUUCACCAACUCAUUCAUCACUCGCCAUCAAUCCCGUCGCCAACGAAAAUCAAGAGAGAAAUCUUCCGAAAACAUCCUCUCAUCACCAUCGUCACCACCAUCAAUCGAACGAUAAAGUUAAUAAUUCAAAUAGUGUUAUCUAUCGUGACACAUCUCGUCGUUACUCCAACACGAUCUUCUCAUCCAUACGUUGUGGAGGCGGAGUCGAAGGACAACAUCAAAGUCGAACAUCCAUCGCCGGUAUACCAUCGACAAGUAAAAGUUCUGAAAAACAACAAGCGCAACAUCUGAGCCGUUCUGCUGAUCGUCUCAACAGUAAAUCCAGUCGGCGAGAAUUACGUUAUGAAGAACAUAAUGACUAUAUUCCUCCGCCAUUACCACUU